AUGGAUGUGACGACGAGGGACGAGAUGGCUGUUGAUGAUGGCGCGCAAUUCAACCCCGGGCGCCGCUUCAUGGCCGCCUUCUUCAGUCUGUGUAUCCUCGUGGUGGUCAACUCGCUGGAUGCUACAGCAUUGGGCCCAGCAAUUCCCACUAUGUCCUACGAGCUGGGCGGAUCGGCCGUGCAGGCGUUCUGGGCCGGCACAUCUUUUCUGCUGGCUGGCACCGUCGCCAUGCUCACAUUUGGUGGCCUCUCACAGUCGUUCGGUCGCAAGGCCCUCCUGCUCAUCUCAAUUGGCUUCUUUGCCGUCGGCUCCAUCAUCACGGCCACAGCUAAGGAGUUCACCCGCGUUCUCAUCGGACGCAGCAUCCAGGGCACGGGCGGCGGAGCCAUCAUGACCAUGGUCGAGAUCCUCAUCACCGACCUCGUCCCCCUGCGUCACCGUGGCACCUACUUUGGCUACCAAAGCGCAGCCGCCGCCGUAGGCACAGCCGUCGGCCCUCUGCUCGGAGGCGGCUUUACUGACACGAUUGGGUGGGAGUGGAUCUUUUGGAUAAAUGUGCCUCUCUGUGUGCUUGGCUUCAUAGCCGUGACCGUCUUUCUCAAGUUGCACAAGGUCAAUGGCGAGUUCACUACCAAGAUGGCCAGGUUUGACUGGCCCGGUGUCAUGCUGCUCACGGCGCCCCUAACCGGAUUUCUCGUCUCGAUUUCGUGGGGAGGCAUCCUCUACUCAUGGUCAUCGUGGCAGUCCAUAGUGCCUAUGGUGCUGGGCCUCGUUGGGCUCCUGGCCUUCAUCGUCUACGAGGCCUACGUCCCCUCAGAGCCACUGGUUCGCCUACAAAUCUUUCACAACCGGACCGCCAUGGUGAGCUAUCUCGGCACAACUGUCCAUGGCAUCGUGACGUGGUGCCUCAUGUACUAUUUGCCACUCUACUACCAGCUCGUCCUCGAUAUGAGCGCGACCAUAUCGGGUGUUGCAGUGCUCCCAGAGACGCUCCUCGUGCCCGCCGGUUCCAUUGUCGUUGGCGUGCUCGUUAGCAAAUGGGGUACCUUUCGAUGGGCCAUCUGGUGCGCAUGGUGCCUCACGGUGCUCGGUUUCGCGCUGCUCUACCUCUUGGGGCCUGAGACGAAGACGUGGCAAUGGAUCCUCAUCAACGUCGUACCCGGAGUCGGUAUCGGAAUGCUGUAUAGUAGCCUGGCCUACGGCACACUGACGUCGGCGUCGGAAAAGGAUGCCGCCUACGCCGCGUCCAUGUACAUCUUUUCUCGCGCCCUGGGGCAGAGCAUUGGCGUCGCGGCUGGUGGUGCCAUACUCCAGGCGCAGCUCGCAAAACAGCUGGCUGCUUACCCCGAGCUUGCCGACCGCGCGUCGAGUCUAGCCAAUGAGGCCAGCUCGCUAGUUGAGUACGUAAAGAGCCUCGAGCCCGGGUCCGAGGAGCGAAUCAUGAUUGUGCAAGCAUACGCCCAGAGUUUGAGCAUCGUCUGGGCUACAAUGGCGGGCUUGUCGGGCCUGGCCCUGCUGGCGAGCCUCCUCACCCAGCCCCUGAACGUGGACAGGGCCCAGGAGACGGAGCAAGGGUUCCGCCACGACAAGGAGGACAAGACGCCCGGGAAGGAUCAGGUGCCACAGCAGGAGCAAGAGAUUGGGACCAAGACGGCGGGUGGAACUUGA